GAAGGUAAAUCGGGGGUUGCUAUAUCUUGGCUUGAGCUGGAACGUGAUGUCUUGCAAUUAAAUAAACCACUUAUGGUCAAUUCCACUUCUCGAUCGCGUUAAUACGAAUAAGUGAACUCCUCACGUCAUGGUUGAACACCCAGGUGACCGUCCCGAGCAUCCUCCUGUCUGGGUUCGUGGAGGACCGCCGUAUUACUACCACCCAAGCCGGCCGCAGGGUGCCCAAUCACCAGAAGAUAUGAGAAGGGACUCAACGGAAACUGCUUCCCACACGAGAAGCGAGCCCUCCACUGCGCCGACAUCUCCAAUUUUGUCUUCCGUGUCGACAUUCAACACUCCCCUGGCGGAGAUGCCCAAAGCGCACACAGAAACCCCAGUUGGACAGGCUCAGCCUACGGAGAAUCCGCCGAUGGCACGGCGGCCAAGUUUGGCGGAGCCUCGUAGGUCAAGCCCCAGCACUAGCACGUUGGCAGGACAGCAACAAUACGCCGGUCUGAUGUAUCAGAAGCGGGCUUCACUGGACGAGGAAGUGAAUAGGCGCAAGGCUAGUUGGCGGGAACAACCGGUUGGGUCAAACCCGGAGGAUGCCCGGUGGUUUGUCAGGUGGUGGGAUACAUUCACUCGAGGCCCACGGCAUGGGCUCCGCAAGGAGUGAUCCCCGAGGCAUCGGCAGUGUUUCGGCCUAAAAACCCAGGAGGAAAAAGGCCGUAGCAUAUUUGCUCGUGUUGUUGCUUUAUAGCCGUUAGCUGAUAGCUGGUUGAAGAAAUACUGCCGGUUGGGCCGCACUCGGUUUUCAGUUUUCAGUUUGGGCUUCUAAGAGGUCAUGGAUUACAGCUUUCGCUGCAAGGGGGAUUGCAUGGGGGGAUUCCACCAAGCCUCUUCAAAAAGGAUGGCCUGAGAGUAGCACAUACUUGUACAUCGUCGGUUGCUGGUAUAAAUUUAUAUUGAAUCUGAUUCUAGCCAUUCUGCACCAGUAUGUAAAAAUACAAAGUGCCGAGCCGCAACCACCACAACUGAGUUCCUAAAAUGUAUUAAAACCAACUGGACCACCCCAGCGAUGGUUGACGAGGCGAUCACUUGAGCUUGGAUGACAAACGCACUUGAGCGGCGGGAUGGUCAAGAAGUGGGCAACCACCGCUUAAACAAAGCAAAGGGAAGUCGCAGUUUUUGGAGAUCGCAAGUCUACUGUCGCAUGAUCGCAUAGCAUUGGCACGGUGUGGUAGACUUACCUGCUUUUGAUUUAAGAGAUUUUGCUGCUACACACGGGGAAAAAAGGACAAGGAAAGGUCUGACCAGUCCACUAUCCUCCGACGGACGACUUGGACGUGGUAGAGCGAACCGUCGAAACCCAAAGCCAGUGAAGCGUAGGGAGUCGACAAGCUCGAAGAGGCCGCCUAGGACGAAUCCCAGAAAGUAUCAAGUUUUCCAGCAAUGGUUAAGCGGACCAACACCUUUUGUGAAGCCUCCAUUGUGAAAAAUUGAGCCAUCAGAAGAACUUGGUUUUUCUUUCAUUUGGAGGACUGCUGUCAGAAAUCGCUAGCACGCCUAUGCCUAUGCCCACAAGUCCCAUAAUAGACAAAAGAUUUUUGCCAGAUCAGCAGUCAUGUCUCGUGCAUUGAUCUAGUCUGGCUAAAAAGGAAAUACCCCAUAAACCCGCAUUACCACAUAAACUAACUUUAUCGAACGAUUCCCUCGAAGCGGGACUUGAACCACUUGAUAGUCUCGGCUUGGUUGAUGCGGUGUGAGGCACCGAUUCUGGACUUGCA